AUGCCGUGGGAAUUUAAGGUGAACAACCUGGAGCCCACCAAAGACGGGCCCUCGCACCCAGGCUAUCAACUGGGACCAAUCCUGCCCAUGCUGGGGGCCGGGCAGGCCCGGGGCACCCCGGACCGAGGGGUGCGCGGCGGCCCCCCCGGGCCUCGGGCCCCGCUGCGGGAUGCAGCACCGGGAUGCGCCGCUGCGGUUCCCCCCUCCCACCCCGUACGGGCGCACGGCGCCGGGGCGGGGGGGGGGGACCGCGGCGGCGCGCGCGCUGCCUUCAUCCCCCUUCCUCCUCCUCUUCCUCCUCCUCCUCCUCCGGGAGCGCGCUCGCCCAGCCGGGAGCGAGCAGCCGGCGGGAGGAUGCUGCAAACGGCGGCGGAGCCGGGCGGCUGGGCAGGCAUGAAGCGACCCCUGAGCCCAUCCCACAACCCCGAGAACGGGGUGCGGCUGGUGGAGGCGGCCAGCUGCCUGCCGAGCCAGCCCGAGCAGCGCAUGAAGCGGGAGAAGAAGCACCAGUCGUUCACGCUCUGCGAGGUCUGCAACAUCCAGCUCAACUCGGCCGCGCAGGCGCAGAUCCACUACAACGGCAAGUCCCACCAGAAGCGCCUCAAGCAGCUUAACAAGGGGAAGAUGCCGGCAGCCCAAGGUCCCUCCGGACACAGCAGCCCCCUCUUAGCGUCGUUGCCUAUCCCCGGCCGUCCCCUUCAUCCCCCCUUGGACAUCAAGCACUUUCUGACCUUCAGGCUCAACGGGACAUCACCGCUCAACCUCUUCCCCAACUUCAACACGAUGGACCCGGUGCAGAAGGCGGUGAUCAGCCACACCUUCGGCGUGCCCGCCCCGCUCAAGAAGAAGCAGUUCAUCUCCUGCAACAUCUGCCACCUGCGCUUCAACUCUGCGAACCAGGCAGAAGCCCACUACAAGGGCCACAAGCACGCGCGGAGGCUGAAAGCCAUCGAGGCCAUGAAGAACAAGCAGAAGGCAGCGGGGGCUGCGGCGGUGGCUGCCGGCCGGGACGGCGCAGCCGACUUCGCCCCCAGCCCCGAGGGCAGCGGGGAGCCCGGCAGCACAGCUCAAGCCAACGGCCUGCAGGAGCCAGAGGGUGAGUGCAGCAGCCUGGGGCUGACACCCGGCGCCGAGGAGUCGCCCGCGGAGCUGUCGGGCAGCGUCGCCCCGCUGGGCUCCCCGCCGGCCUCGGAGCUGUCGGAGGGCACCUCGGACGCCACCAGCGUGGCCUCCUCGGCCGCGCAGGCAGGUGAGGCGCAGGCAGCCGAGUCGGGCAGCAGCGUCAGCUCGGCCCCCGAGAGCGAGAAGGAGGGGAAGAAGAGCAAACAGCACCUGUACUGUCCCACCUGCAAAGUGACCGUCAACUCCCUGUCCCAGCUGGAGGCUCACAACACCGGUGCCAAGCACAAGUCGAUGCUGGAAGGUCACGGCACCCAGAUGCGGCGAGGCCGAGGCAAGCUCCUCUCCCGGGCAGGGCACAAGUCCAAGCGGAUCGGCAACAAGGGCAGCAUCAACAUCCAGAACAAGGCAUUUCACUGCCAAGUGUGCGAGAUCUACGUGAACUCGGAGACCCAGCUCAAACAGCACAUGAGCAGCCGGAGGCACAAAGACAGGCUGGCGGGGAAGCCGCCCAAGCCCAAGUACAGCCCCUAUAACAAGCUGCAGAAGAACGCUGCCCUCGCAGUGAGUAUUCUCAAGUCCAAGCUGGCUUUGCAGAAGCAUCUCACCAAAACCCUGGCGACCCGCUUCCUGCCCAGCCCGCUCACCGCGGCCGCCGUCUGCGCCAUGCCUGGCCCCCUCGCCCUGAGACCAGCCGCUGCCACCACCCUCUUCCAAGCCCCGAUCCUCGGACCAGCCCUUUUCCGAACGCCACCGGCCCACGUCCGCACCACGCCGGGCCCCAUCGUCUUCGCACCCUACUAGAGCUGCUCGCCCACCGAGGGUCCGUCCACCGCGGACCGGGCUGUGCUGCAGGGGCUGCGUGGUGUGGGGCAGCGCUCCCGGGCAGGCUGAUCUUCUGGCUGGUGGGAAACCAUAGUCGUAGACAUCAACCCUGGCUUCUCCUUUGCUUCCAGCAGGCUCCUGCUGGAGCGAGAUACCCCAGCAGAGCCCAGCCAGCCCCGCCGUGCAUCCCCGCCGCUCCCCCGGCCCGUGCUGGCCCCGUGCUCAGCGGAGGAGCCCAUCACACGGCUGGGCAGCGCACGGGAGAGGAAGGUGCCUGAGUCACCAGGACCGUCUCGUCGCGAGGGCCUGCCUGUCCUUGGCCCGCUGGCUUCUUGUUCAUCACCCUCCCAGUUACCAGACUGGAAGAAGAGGAGCUGGCUGGUCCCUGGAGGAAGGAGCAUCCCUCUGGCCGGCUGGUCCCUGCCAGCCCAGUGGGAAGGGAACUGCGAGGGGACUCUCAGCCCAGCUCUUACUGGCAGAAACGACCCCAGCACAAGCAGAAGGUUGGCAGUUCCCCUCUCAGACCGGGCUGGCCAUGCCCUCGCCAGCCCCGCACUUGCCUGUGCUGGCUGGGGGUUUCCAUGCUGCCCACCAGCCCCCUACGCCCCACAACCCCCUACGUCCCACCAGCCAAAGAGCCCCCGCCACGGCGGGCACCGGCCACGCUGACCGUAUCUUCACUCCGAGAGCAAUAGCCGAAGCCCAGGCCCGGCGCCUCCUCCCUCCGAAAGCACACUGCCCCUGCCCUGGCCCCCGAGAAGCACACAACGUGGGCAUGCCGCUGGAGACGGGCUCUGCUCCAGCCCAGCGAGGACAGGAGAGCCGGGCUGCCUGGUGCAGGCUCCCCGAGGUGACCCUCUGCUCGGCGCCAGCUGUUUGCCUCUGUCCCACCCGCGGGGGACAGCCCUGCCCCUACCUCCCGGGAGACGCUGUGAGGCUGAGUGGAUGUCCCGAAAGCACUUUCGGUUCUCCAGUGAAAGGCAAUGCUGCUGCUCGCCCGCCGGCCCGCCGCUGUGCCCGGCCCUCCAACCCCAUCCCUGUUAGGAGCUUCCAGGGAGUUACCAAUGAUUCCCGAAAACAAGGGUGUCCCCAGCAGCCCGGACAAUCAGGUACGAAGGAGCAGGCAGCACCGCAGCCUACGUGCAGCACUCUUCCUGUGACGUUCCCGUCGUAGCCUGCAGAAAGCUGGGCUCCGGAGGGACCCCGAAGCCGUAGCUCUGCUUUUCACUGUGCUCAGAAAGCCCAGCGAUGACCUGGUCUGAAAACUGUAACCACGGCGCUCCGGGUUCCCAGCGCGCUGCUGUAAAUAGAAAUAUGCAGGAAAGUUGCAACCCAAACGGACCUUACGCUGGAGUGACAACCCACCCCGAUCUAUGCAAUCCAGGGGGAGCAGCUCACCCGCCGCAUUUGCUGUCUGCGUUUUACUUUGGUGCUCAUGCUGUCGGUACAGCCAGGAGUGGUGGUCGGAGCAGAAAACAACAACGCAACACUUAGCUCUGUGCAGACGAUUCCCUUCCCGUCCCCUGGCCCAGGGUGCUGGCUCAGGGACCUCUGAAGUGGCCCACGUUCCCUCCCAGCCCUUGGGAAGAGGCAGGUCGGUUUGUGCACCUGGGAAUCCACACGCACAAGCACACAUAUCCGACAUCUUGGCCAUAAGCAACGCCUGGAUUUCAGGAGGAUUUUGCCCAGCGCACUACACCGAUGCUCAGGCCAGGGUCCUGGCAAUGGGAGGUGAAUCGGAACCGGCCAACGGGUAACUCAGGCGGCUGAAAUGCUUCUGCUUCCCAGAGCUGGCGGAAAGAGCUGGAGCCUCGGGCGAGGGCAGGAAACCUGCACAGAGGGAGUGGGGGCGGCACGGAGCCGUACGCCUGCGUGGGGAGGGCCCGUUUCUCGUGCCGUGGGCAGCACUGGCCCGCGGUGCCACCGCUGCGCUCCUGCCGCAGAGGACAGGAGUGCGAGGGAGCCCCUGGGUACGGAUUCAUCUGCUCAGGGCAUCUCCUCUCCGCCCCAGGGGAGGAGGGAAGCGGAGAGAGCACCAGGAGAAGAGCGAGCUUGUAUGGAAGGCUGGGGGUAGAGAGGACCGAAAGGUCUUACAGUGGUGGUGGGAGACCUGGCUGAGAGAGCAGCCGAGGGAAGGAAGGCUCCCAGCAGCAAUGGCUUUGUCAGGGACAGGGAGAUGGUCCCACAGCCCAGGGGACACGUGCAGCCUGGACCCCGCAUCCCACAGGACAGGAGCCUGCGCUGGCUGGGGCCCGCGGGCGGCAGGAGGGACACAGCUCCGACAGCGUCGCGGUGCCAAGCAGCCCGUGGUCAGCCCGGCUCCAGCCCUCCCCCUGCUCACCUCACUGUGCUCUUCCCCAGGCCGCCUCGCCGGUCACUCCCAGCCCUGGCCACAGCAGAGGAGGGCAGCCCGUCCCCUCCUGCAACGUGCCCACCAGCCUCAGGAGCGUGGGGAGCCGGGAGCAGCCGGCUGCGGCCGUGCUCCAGCCUGCAGGAGCCGCUUGGCACUGGUGGGUCGUUCCCCUGCAUUUUGUUCUAAAAAUCCUGUGCUGGAGCCAGCGGUGGCUGCUCCCGUCACCCCUCCACCAGUGGAGUCCUAAUACACUCCUACACUUGGCACUUUAACCCCUUGAAAGCCAUUCCUUCUAAUAACAAUAAUACUGCAACGAGCUGCGUAAGAACAUGCUCCCUCUAUCGCAUCCCCCCGCCUCCAGAACCCUCCCUGCUCCUGUGCUAUCCAAAGCAUUUACUGCCUUUGACUUAGCAUAUGCUGUACUAGGUAGUAGGGCAUAGUCCAUAGCGCUCAAUAACGUGUGCCCCUCUGUAAAUAACCUUGGAGUGACGUGAACAGUUUGAUUCAAAAAAAACAAAAAACCCCACAAAAAUGGAAUAAACAGACUCUAGGGACUUGGCCAGUACCCCUCCUGUAAUGUUCAUUGUAUAUUUUUUUGAUGUACUAUAACUGUUGGGAAAAAAAAAAAAAGGAAAAUAUUUUGAUAAUCGAAUCUCAUCGCUUUAUUGUGUUACUCAGUAAAUAAAAGGAACAAGUAU